ACACACACACACACACUCUCUGUCUGUCUGUCUGUCUCUCUCUCUCUCUCUUCACUUCACAGAGUCACUCGAGCUCGAGCAUGGACGAACGGUGGAACAAGAUCUCCAAGAAAGAAACAGGCGUUUCAUCGUCUUCAUCUUCGAAACCUCGUCUCCUCAGAAGCUUCUCUCAGAAGAUCACCUCCUCCUCCAAGUCCUCGCUCCCGCGAAGCCACUCGCUCAAGAACACCGCGUCCUCCUCCUCCUCCUCCUCCAACCACAACCACCACCACGGCAGCAGCAGCAGCAGUAACAACAACGGCUCGUCUCUCUCGAGGAGCUCGUCCUCCAAGAGCGCGAGCGGGUCGAACCUGACCCGCAAGUACAGCAACCUCGCCAAGGAGCAGAAGGCCCGGUUCUACAUCAUGCGCCGGUCGCGCGAUUGCUCCCGAAGCAUAUUUUAGAGUUUAUCCGAAGGACACCCGGCAUUCGCUCUCGUAAAAGAUCUGGCGAAGGAACUCGGCCCUAGAGAUCGCUAAAUUCGAUCCGUCCGCUACGAGCCCGUCACGUAGGUACGUAGAGAGAUGACAAGAAACGCGAAUUACGAUACGUAUAAGUACGUCAAUGUAAUGUCCUUUUUGGGUUACGCAUCUGGGGUCAGGGUUUUGAGGAUAUUGACGAAAUCAACAAUCUCUUUCUCUCU